UCCGGAGAAGUCGUGCUCGGCGGACUGUUUAGCGAUAGGUAGCAGGCUGCGCGGCGCGAUGGGCACACGGCCGCCCGCGCGCUUCUGGCCGCAGCUCUGGGCCACGGUCGUCAGGAACCUGCUGCUGAAGAAGCGGGACACCAGGAAGACGCUCGCGGAGGUGCUAGUCCCGCUCUAUUCCCUGGGGGUGCUGAUCUUCCUGAAGAUGCUGGUGCCGAACCCCAACUUUCCCGAGGUGCGCAAGCCGGGCCGCCUGCUGCGCAUCCACCACGACGCCUUCCCGGAGAACCACUCGGUGGCCGUGGUCGCUGACUGGUACAACGACAAUGGGACUAUGGUAUGGAACCUUGUUGUUAAGUCUAACACAAGCAGUCCCCCUCUACUCCUGACGAUGCUGGUGCCGAACUCCAACUUCCCCGAGGUGCGCAAGCCGGGCCGCCUGCUGCGCAUCCACCACGACGCCUUCCCGGAGAACCACUCGGUGGCCGUGGUCGCUGACUGGUACAACGACAAUGGGACUAUGGGUUUCCUCGACGACAUAAACGCGGUACUCCUGGAAUCCGAGCAGCACACGAUCAACUGGAUCAAGUACAACAACACGACGGAGCUGAACGACGCAUACCACAACAAUGCGAAGCACUUCCCCAUCGCUGUCAUCUUCCAUACCGACCCUCGAUCCUUUGAAGAGCCUCUGAGAUACACCAUCCGCACCAACCCGUCCCACGCUGGGACACCGUCAACCCGCACCCUCUACACCUCCCCCGCGAAAUGCCGAGAGCGGUCCGGCGCCAAGGACUGGUCCUCCGACUGGUCUCGCGGGGGGCAGCUCAUCCCUCUCUCGGAGCACAGGGAGGACACGUGUCCUGUGCUCGAGUAUUACUACUCAGGGUUUCUCGCGCUGCAGACGCUGAUUGAUUAUGUUAAGAUCAAGAUGAAUCUGCGGGCCGUUAUACAUAAUAUGUCCGCGGACCCCCAGGGGUCUUUGGACCACAGAAAAUGUCCGGAGAAGUCGUGCUCGGCGGACUGUUUAGCGAUAGGUAGCAGGCUGCGCGGCGCGAUGGGCACACGGCCGCCCGCGCGCUUCUGGCCGCAGCUCUGGGCCACCGUCGUCAGGAACCUGCUGCUGAAGAAGCGGGACACCAGGAAGACGCUCGCGGAGGUGCUAGUCCCGCUCUAUUCCCUGGGGGUGCUGAUCUUCCUGAAGAUGCUGGUGCCGAACCCCAACUUUCCCGAGGUGCGCAAGCCGGGCCGCCUGCUGCGCAUCCACCACGACGCCUUCCCGGAGAACCACUCGGUGGCCGUGGUCGCUGACUGGUACAACGACAAUGGGACUAUGGGUUUCCUCGACGACAUAAACGCGGUACUCCUGGAAUCCGAGCAGCACACGAUCAACUGGAUCAAGUACAACAACACGACGGAGCUAAACGACGCAUACCACAACAAUGCGAAGCACUUCCCCAUCGCUGUCAUCUUCCAUACCGACCCUCGAUCUUUUGAAGAGCCUCUGAGAUACACCAUCCGCACCAACCCGUCCCACGCUGGGACACCGUCAACCCGCACCCUCUACACCUCCCCCGCCAAAUGCCGAGAGCGGUCCGGCGCCAAGGACUGGUCCUCCGACUGGUCUCGCGGGGGGCAGCUCAUCCCUCUCUCGGAGCACAGGGAGGACACGUGUCCUGUGCUCGAGUAUUACUACUCAGGGUUCCUCGCGCUGCAGACGCUGAUUGAUUAUGUUAAGAUCAAGACAGACACAGACUCCUCAAUCCCACCCCCACGCGUGGACCUCCGCCAGUUCCCGAAACGUCAGCACACUGGCGACUGGCUGGUCAUCUUCCGUGUCAUCAUGCCGAUGUACAUGGUCAUGACGCUGUCUCAGUUCAUCACGUAUCUGCUGAUGUUUGUGGUGGGCGAGAAAGAGAAGAAGAUCAGGGAGGGGAUGAGGAUCAUGGGGCUGAAGGACUCAGUAUACUGGGGUGCUUGGUUCCUGAUCUACGCUGUGUUUGUAACAAUACUCUCUAUCGUCAGUACUGUCCUGCUUUUUACUUUGAAGGUGUUCCAGCAUUCUUCGUACAUCCUCAUUUUCCUGCUGAUGUUGCUUUUUGGGUUCACCAUCAUCACCUUCGCGUUUAUGUUGACACCGUUUUUCGACCGGGCUAGAACGGCCGGUAUCCUGGGCAGCUUCGCCGUGAACCUGAUGAGCGGGCUCUACUUCAUCCAGGUGUUCGUCUCCAACGCCGACUCGCUCGCCUUCUGGUUCGUCUCGCUCAUCAGCUCCAGCUGCUACGCACUGGCUAUGGAUAAGGCUCUGGUCCUGGACAUGGCUGGUGUGGGCGUGACGUGGGACAACCUGUGGAGCGGGCCCGGCGUGCCCUUCGGCGGCAGCCUCAUCAUGAUGGCGGUAGACACGGUGCUCUAUGGCCUCUUCGCCUACUGGCUGGACGCCGUCAUCCCGAUCCUGGACAUAGCCGGCGUGGGCGUGACGUGGGACAACCUGUGGAGCGGGCCCGGCGUGCCCUUCGGCGGCAGCCUCAUCAUGAUGGCGGUGGACACGGUGCUCUACGGCCUCUUCGCCUACUGGCUGGACGCCGUCAUCCCGAUCCUGGACAUGGCCGGCGUGGGCGUGACGUGGGACAACCUGUGGAGCGGGCCCGGCGUGCCCUUCGGCGGCAGCCUCAUCAUGAUGGCGGUGGACACGGUGCUCUACGGCCUCUUCGCCUACUGGCUGGACGCCGUCAUCCCGAAACUUCCAAGUUGCACCAUCUCUUACAGGGAACUCCAAGACAAAGAAGCCAUCCGGAUCGUGGGUCUCCAGAAAAGCUUCCGGCACUGCCGAAGACCGGAGAUCAAGGCCAUUGAUGGCAUCGACCUGAGCAUCUAUGAGGGUCAGAUCACGGCUGUGUUGGGUCACAACGGCGCGGGCAAGUCCACGCUGUUCAAUAUCCUGACUGGACUGACGGCACCCACUAAUGGGACGGCGUAUGUCUAUGGACUGGAUGUUAGGGAUCCAAACGACAUGCAUGAGAUCCGGCAGAUGAUAGGCGUAUGCCCGCAGCAGGACGUUCUCUUCGACCUGCUGUCAGUCAAGGAACACCUACAGUUCUUCUCAGCAGUCAAAGGAAUCCCAAGAAAAAGGCGUCCAGAUGAAAUCCACAAGGCACUAUCUGACGUCGGCCUGCUGGACCAAGCAGGAGUGUUCGCCAAGCAUCUCUCCGGCGGCCAGAAGAGGAAGCUUAGUAUAGCCAUCGCUUUCAUUGGAGAUCCAAAGAUAAUAAUCCUGGACGAGCCAACGGCAGGAGUAGACCCAGUAUCCAGAAGACAGACGUGGCGCAUCCUGCAGCGAGCAAAGAGAGGGAAAGUGCUGCUUCUGACCACGCACUUUAUGGAUGAAGCCGAUAUACUGGGGGAUCGUAAGGCUGUCAUCAGUAAGGGCAGGGUGCGGUGUGCGGGCACAUCGCUAUUUUUGAAGAAUAAGUUUGGCAUUGGAUACCAUUUAACGCUAGUAUUAGACG